AUGUCCUCUUCAACCACACAACCUCACAUCGCCGUCAUCGGCUCUCUCAACAUCGACUUUGUCACAUCGACCCCUCGUUGUCCCGGCGCCGGUGAAACUCUCACAGCAACUUCCCUCACCAUCACCGCCGGCGGCAAGGGCGGAAACCAAGCCACCGCCUGCGGUCGCGCCUCAUUCACAUCGCCAACCGCCCAGGAUGUUGCCGUCAGUAUGAUCGGUGCCGUCGGCGCAAAUGACCCCCACUACGCGACCUUGCUCAAGCCCGCGCUGGAAAAAUCCGGCGUCAGCACGACCAACGUCGAGGAAUCCGCAACGGCCCAGACCGGGUCCGCGACAAUUAUCGUCGAGGAAGCCGCCGGUGGCGAGAAUCGCAUUCUGGUCGUCCCCGGUGCAAACCACGCGGGCAUGAUGAAUGAUGUUUCGGCAAUCGUUCAGACCGUGCAGCAGCAGGAGCCCAAGGCCGGGAUGGUCGUGCUGCAGGGUGAAAUCCCGCGCAAGACGACCUUGGAGUUGUUGGAGCAUUAUAACGGUGUGGCGGCGGCGGGUGCACAGUCCGCGCAGGAUCGAGUUCACGUUGUGUUUAACCCGGCUCCCGUGUAUCCUGAGGGGAUUUCUCUGAAUACUUUGAAAAACACCUCGGUGCUGAUCAUGAAUGAGACAGAGGCGGUUCAGAUGUCCCGGUCUAUUGCAGGGUUGUCCGUCUCAGAUCUCGCACAGCCGUCGGAAUUGGACGAUUUGAAGCCCGAGCAGCUUGCGCCGCAUUUCCAUGAUACCGCCAAUGUGCAGGUUGUUCUGAUCACAUUGGGCGCCAAGGGCGUGUAUUACUCUACGCGCAGUGGUCGUAGCGGUGCUGUACCUGGCGUGCGAGUGGCCAAGGUGGUGGAUACCACGGCCGCGGGCGAUACUUUUGUCGGAUACUUUUCCACAGCACUGGCGCGUUUCCUCGCCAAGGGUGAGCCGCUGGAGAAGUUCGACGAUGAGAUUGAGAUCGCCGUCAAGCAGGCCAAUGCUGCGGCAGCCAAGUGCGUUACCUCUGCAGGUGCCAUGCAGAGCAUUCCCUUUGCUUACGACCUUGAAUGA